GCUACGUCCCGCCUUCUGCUCUCUGCCAUUGGGCGGCAGAAGAACUUGCGUAGUUGCCGUUGGCUACUAGAGACGUCGCUCUGCACAGGGUGGGGAAAGAACUCGAUAGGCACUUGGGCGCCGCUGGGCAGGAGGUUAAAGUCUUUCUCCUUGUUUGAGCGCCUUCGGAUGGGCUGCUGGUCUCCUUUCCCCUUUCCCGUUUCAGGCCAACAGCUGCGGGAAGCGGCGGCAAAGCGGCGGGCUCAGUUAAAGGCUUGGCGGCGGCACCAGCUGGAGGAGGCGAGGCGAGCGGGAGCAGGCGAAGGAAAGGGCGAAGCGAGAACUUUGUUGGGAGGGCGAGGCUGCUGGCUUAUCCGGGAGACGCUUUGAGGGGCUGCUGGAGGUUGAGUUAGACGGCGCCUCGCCCAGGUCUCUUGGGAGCGGGUCGCCUGCGUAGCUCUCGCUCUCCGGGAGGAGGCGACAACAACGAUAGCAGCUGCCGACAGUUCCUCGAGUGCCGCCGGACGCGCCGGAGACUAGCCGAGCACCACCCGGGAUCCAUCCCUUCUCCUCGCCCGAGGCAAGCGAUGCUUCCAGGGAACACUCGACGGUUCCAGUGACUUAAUCGAAGCUUCGGAGAAGGGCAGCCGCGGUACGGAGCGAAAGGAGGCGAACGGGGCCCCGCCUUGUGCUGCUCUCUUCCCCCCAAUCCUUACUGCUGGAGAUGGUGCCCGCCCCGGGAUUAGUUUAAAGCCGCCUCUUCAGCCCCUCUUUUGUGGAGGUGAGCUGAAGGGACCUACGCCAGCUACUCCGAGAACCGGCAGGCUCUGGCGUGGGACGCGUUGCUUAGUGCCGCGCCUAACCCAGCCGAUCCCCCUUUCUCUGUGGGAAAGCGAUAAUCCUGUAAUCCCAACUCCGGAGUCUUCUCUAGCAGUGUAAAACGAAAAAAACCGUCUGGAUAAUGUCAUCCUCAAGCAGAUUCAAGAAGGACAAAGAGAUCGUAGCCGAGUACGAAAGUCAAGUGAAAGAAAUUCGAGCUCAGCUAAUAGAACAACAAAAAUGUCUAGAGCAGCAAACUGAGAUGAGAGUGCAGCUUCUUCAAGACUUGCAAGACUUCUUUCGUAAAAAGGCAGAAAUAGAAACGGAAUAUUCACGCAGUCUUGAAAAGUUAGCUGAAAGAUUCAUGGCAAAAACAAGAAGUACUAAAGAUCAUCAACAGUACAAGAAAGACCAGAAUCUGCUAUCUCCAGUAAAUUGUUGGUAUUUACUACUCAACCAAGUAAGAAGAGAAAGCAAAGACCAUGCAACACUGAGCGAUAUCUACCUGAACAAUGUCAUCAUGCGUUUUAUGCAGAUAAGUGAAGAUUCCACCAGAGUGUUCAAGAAGAGCAAAGAAAUUGCAUUCCAGCUUCAUGAGGAUUUAAUGAGGGUUCUUAAUGAGCUUUACACGGUUAUGAAAACAUACCAUAUGUAUCAUACUGAGAGCAUCAGUGCAGAAAGUAAAUUGAAAGAGGCUGAAAAGCAAGAAGAAAAACAAAUUGGCAGAUCAGGAGAUCCUGUUUUUCACAUUCGAUUGGAGGAAAGACAUCAAAGACGGAGUUCAGUGAAAAAAAUUGAAAAAAUGAAGGAAAAACGUCAGGCAAAAUACUCUGAAAACAAACUGAAAUCUGUUAAAGCCAGAAAUGAAUAUCUGCUUACCCUUGAAGCAACAAAUGCUUCUGUUUUCAAAUAUUAUAUUCAUGACCUUUCAGACCUGAUUGAUUGUUGCGAUCUUGGAUACCAUGCAAGCCUGAACAGAGCCUUAAGAACAUAUCUCUCUGCAGAAUAUAACCUUGAAACUUCACGACAUGAGGGCUUGGACAUCAUUGAAAAUGCUGUUGACAAUCUGGAGCCUCGAAGUGACAAGCAGAGAUUCAUGGAAAUGUAUCCUACAGCCUUCUGUCCUCCAAUGAAAUUUGAGUUUCAGCCCCAUAUGGGUGAUGAGGUUUCUCAAGUCAGUGCCCAACAGCCAGUUCAAGGAGAACUUGUGCUUCGAUAUCAGCAACUUCAGUCUCGACUAACAACAUUGAAAAUUGAAAAUGAAGAGGUUAAGAAGACAACAGAAGCUACUUCACAGACAAUACAAGACAUGGUCACCAUUGAAGACUAUGAUGUUUCUGAAUGCUUCCAGCACAGUCGUUCGACUGAGUCUGUGAAGUCAACCGUUUCUGAGACCUACCUGAGCAAGCCUAGCAUAGCUAAAAGAAGAGCUAAUCAGCAGGAAACUGAACAGUUCUAUUUCAUGAAAUUCAGAGAGUACCUGGAAGGAAGCAAUCUUAUCACAAAGCUUCAGGCAAAACAUGAUUCACUGCAGCGGACACUUGGAGAAGGUCAUAGGGCAGAAUAUAUGACUACAAGCAGAGGACGAAGGAACUCACAUACCAGAUAUCAGGACUCAGGACAAAUAAUCCCUCUCAUUGUAGAAAGCUGUAUCCGAUUUAUCAAUUUGUAUGGUCUUCAACACCAGGGCAUUUUCAGGGUGUCAGGCUCUCAGGUGGAGGUUAAUGAUAUUAAAAAUUCAUUUGAAAGAGGUGAAAAUCCUUUGGCAGAUGACCAAAGUAACCAUGAUAUUAACUCAGUUGCUGGAGUACUGAAGCUCUAUUUCCGAGGGCUGGAGAAUCCUAUUUUUCCUAAGGAAAGGUUUAAUGAUCUUAUUUCUUGUGCCAGAACAGAAAAUCUCUAUGAGAGAGCUCUUCACAUACGUAAACUUUUGCUGACAUUGCCCAGAUCUGUCCUUAUCUUACUAAGAUAUCUUUUUGCCUUCCUCAAUCACCUUUCUCAGUACAGUGAUGAAAAUAUGAUGGAUCCUUAUAAUCUGGCCAUUUGUUUUGGCCCAACAUUGAUGCCAAUUCCAGAUAUACAAGAACAAGUGUCAUGCCAGGCUCAUGUCAAUGAAAUCAUCAAAACCAUUAUCAUUCACCAGGAGAUUAUUUUCCCAGAUAGCAAGGAAUUAGAUGGCCCAGUAUAUGAAAAAUGUAUGGCAGGUGAUGACUACUGUGACAGCCCUUAUAGUGAACAUGGUACCUUAGAAGAAGUGGAUCUGGAUGCUGGGGCAGAAGUACACACCAGUGACGAUGAAUGUGAUCCAAUAGAAGCUAUAGCCAAGUUUGACUAUAUUGGAAGAUCUGCACGAGAACUCUCUUUCAAGAAAGGGUCCUCACUGCUUUUAUAUCAUCGAGCUUCUGAUGAUUGGUGGGAAGGAAGACAUAAUGGAAUUGAUGGCCUUGUACCCCACCAAUAUAUAGUGGUUCAAGAUAUGGAUGAUGCAUUCUCAGAUACACUGAGCCAAAAAGCAGAUAGUGAAACCAGCAGUGGGCCUAUACUUGAAGACAAAUCUUUUUCCAAAGAUAUGAGUUCACCAACAGAUUUGAAUUCUGAAGUAUAUCUAGGAAGGCAGCGCAAGAGAUCUGAACUCCCACUUUCUGGCAGACGUCCUGGCAGGAUCAGUGAUGGACACUGUCCAGUUCAUACACCACAUGGCCUUACUAAUUCUUCAAUGGAAUUAGUUUCCCCCAGUAUGGCAAGCCACACUACUUCUCGAGCUGCCCUUCAGAACCACAGCCUCACAACAGAUAGCCCAGAAAGGAGACGGAAACCUGGCCACAGCAGCCUCACCAAUAUUAGUAGACAUGAAUCUCUGAAAAAAAGUGACAGCCCUGCAAUUAGAAGAUCAACCUCAUCUGGCCAGUAUCCUGUUUUCAAUGACCACAAACCACUUGACCCAGAGUCAAUUGCUCAGGAUAUUGAAGAGACAAUGAAUACGGCUCUAAAUGAACUUCGGGAACUGGAACGCCAGAGUUCUGCAAAACAUGCUCCAGAUGUUGUCCUUGAUACCUUAGAACAAAUGAAGAAUUCUCCCACCAGCACCACCUCAACAGAAUCUUUGAGUCCUCUUCACAAUAUCAUGUUAAGAAAUGCCGAGCCUCAGAUUCGCCGUAGCACUAGUUCUUCCAGUGAUACUAUGAGUACCUUCAAGCCCAUGGUGACACCAAGAAUGGGGGUGCAGCUGAAGCCACCUGCACUGAGACCAAAGCCAAUAGUUCUUCCAAAAACAAACCCAAGCAUAGGCCCCUCUUCUCCUUCCCAAGGCCCAGCUGACAAGUCUUGCACAAUGUAGAACCCAAGAACCCAAGUGCGGAGUGAACUACCAAAAGAAUGUAUCCAUGAUAGUUGUCUAAAUUCCAAUAUAUUAUUAGUUUAUAUUUAGAAAAGGAGAGAUUUGUUUUUUAAAAUGUUAAAGUCUUGAGCUACCUACUUUAACAUGGGUAUUUAAUAGGAGUUGGGUUCAAUUUUUAAACUGGAACAUUCAGUCUCUACUUUUGCAAUAUAUGCUUAACACAGUUAAAGACUCAGUGAGUGCAUUUUUACAGCAUGCUGAGCUGGAUUAGAUUGGGUUGGGGGGGUGUAGUUUAGCACAUUUCACAAACCCAGCCUAUUUGGUUAGUUUAUGAUCCAGUGUAUCACAAAAAGGAAAAUUACAUGUGUCGUGUAUGCCAUUUUAAAGCAACAGGAAUACACACAUUUACUUGAAAUCUCUGCACUGCACCUUUUCUGAUGAGAACACCACAGUCACUGCCAGCAUCACACUAAUUUAACAAUAUAUACUUGAGUGUGGUUUAAGACUUCACAAAGAAUUAUGGUUAUUUGAAAUGAAUUUGUUAAGAAAUAGGAUUUAUUUUUAGUGCUGCCUGGUUCCAGUUCAUUUUUCAGAAGGUCUGAGGCUGUAUUUUAAGAAUUACUAAGUAGCCUGUCAAAGUCAAUGCAGGAAGGAGACUCACCUUGACAUUACCUUCUGUAGUAGCUAUUCAGUAUGCAUGUGACAGUCCUAGUGUAGUUCACUGACAGGAUAUGAGGAAUUAAAUUGCUUCUAGGAAACAGCAGUUUUCUAAACCAGUGGAAGUCUGUGGUCAGAAUGACAAUUGCAGUCUUCCUCUGGUUGAUAUCCAGCAGACACCUUCACCAGGCUGGCCAGGAAUGCUGAGAAUUGUGUUCUGACCCUGAUGAAGAACUCUCUAUUGAAGAAAGUGGGUUGUUUCUAAUGCUUCCACUCAGGCCAAUUGCAGUGCAAUAAAACUAGACAUUAGCCACUGAAUCUCUUUGCUAUCAAUUCAGCUCAAAAACUGUUUACAUUCCUAAGAGCCACUUGUCUGGACAAGUUUUAAUUAAUCAAUAAUCUGUAGCAAAACAUUCCUGGACAGCUGCAAACUAAAUGAGUAACUUGUUAAUACUUUAAAGCUGCUGCAUCUUCAAGAUUAUGAAACACAGUGCAUACAGAUGAAUUGUGUUGUGUUUUUUGUUUAUUUAAAUUGAAUUAUCUCAUUUUCAACUGGAAUAGCUCCUUCAGUUAAGGCAAGAGUUUAUUUACAGGGCAAAACAUUAUUUUCUACUGUACUACAAUCUGAAUAAAAUGGGUCAGAACUAUUUUCUUUCUAAUUAUGUCAGUAUCUUUUUCAUGUGUGAGUGAAUGCUCUGAACUGGCAUAAUGCUACAUCAUUAGGAACUUUUCUGUUAUAUGUGACCUGUCUUGACAACUCUUGCACAAACCGACACUUAAGCCAUGUCCUUUCUCUGAAUGUUUUAUAGCUUACCUUUGCACUCUAAAGGAGACUCUAUUGUUUGUCAUUAAUUAAAAGUAAAAAAUAAAAAUAAAAAACACAGUCUAGGGAAAUGUGGGGUAGGGGAGGAGUCAGUUUGUAUCCAUUGACACAUAUAAAAUUGAAACCAAAUACUUAUUUUCACAUAGUUCUUGUCACAAUAGAAAUUUGCAGUUCUUCCAGUUGAACAUUUUUCUCUUAUACUAUAUGAAAUUCCAAAAUGUAGAAGACUAGCUAAUAUGUGAAAACACUUGUUAUUGCAUAACAUUUGAAAGGCAUUGUUCCCUGCUACUAAGUGAAGUUGAUUCAUUUUGUUAAGUGAUCAUAAAUGCUAAAACUAAUUAAAUUAUGUUUAGCUAAGAAGUUCACAAAAGUUGCUGUUUCCUAAUAUAUUGAAAAUCAGCUGCUCAGUAGUUAUUUCUGAUCUAUUGUUAAGUAUUAUAUUUUGUAAAACUUACAGGCCUAUUUUUUGGGGACUAAUUUAUGUGUGCCCCAGAUGAUGUAGUUAAUAGCUAUUUAGCAAACAAAAUUAGAAAUUAAUGAUAUUCAUUAAUGUGAGACAAAGAAUCCACUUAGGGAUAUUCAGCUAUGAUAUGCUGAAUUAUAUCUUUUGCCCUCAAUAGACUGAAACAAUAAGAGCUUUCAUAUUUUUGAAUGCGGUCACCAAAAUUAACUAUGGCAUAUCUCUAUCCUAGAAACUUAACUAAGACCACACACUCAGUAUUGAGGCUUCAGCUAAUAUAAAACUUGUGAAACAUGACAGUGACCCGUGUAAGGUUGAGAAUUGUUUGCUUAACUAGACCAAAUUUGAGACCUGUGGGACAAACUUGAAAAUGUCAGCUUUCUUUUAAGUGCAUUCUAGCCUAGUGAUUGUUGUUAUUAACAGGCCAUAUGGUGUAACAAAGGUGGGUGCCUGUAUCUUGAAAGUGCAUAAGGAAAUUCUGUAUGUCUGAAUAUAACUGUACUGGCUUCCACACUGCUUAUAUUAGAAAUUGUUUAGUGAAGAAAAAUAUUACGAACAGUGAGUUUAGUGAAUGUUUCCAGUUAGAACAUUCACUUGAGUUAAAAUGUGUGUAGUUUGAUGGUAUGUUAUAGCUACUUCAAGUAUAGUAAGUGGAUAUGUAAAGGGAAAUGGAUACAACUACAGGCAUAGUGAAGGCUAAAUGUCUCUGUACUAAUCAAGUCAGUAUUGUCCUUGACUGUCAGUUAGAUAGAUUGCAGUGCUGGUAGCUUCCUGCUUGUUGACUGUUACCUAAUUGUGUCAAUGUACAUCUGUAAGUAUGUACAUGUGAAAGUGCCUUUACAUUUUUAGAGAAGCUGCUUUGGCUUAGCUUCUUAUACUAUUGCAUUUUUAUUUUCAUGUUCUGUUGUUUUUGUCCUGCUGCGUUCCCACAACAUUACUUCCAUUCUGAAAGAAAAAAGGAAUUACAAUUGCACAGUCCUGGAAGAAUAAAAGAAGAAAACGUACUGUUAAGCUGUUGUGACAAUGCACUUUGAUGUAUAGUACUGUACAUUUUGGCAUGUACCAUAUACUUUCAAAAUUGUUUCUCAUAGUGUAACUUUAUAAUAAAUAAGGAUAGUUCUGUCAGUA